AUGCAAAAAACGCUAAGGCGUAACUGUGUCUGGUGGCGGUUGCUGUGUGGCGUGGCCGUAACUCCACUUUGGAGUGGAAUGGCUACGCCACCGCCACACGCCACCGGGACACAGCAAAAACGACCGACCGACGAGCUUUUAACUGCCAA